AUGACUGAAAACGAAAACAAACCCCUCCGGCUGCUUUCAAUCGACGGCGGCGGCAUCCGCGGGAUGUCGGCCCUGCUCAUCAUCCGCGAGAUGAUGCGACGCAUUCAAGACAAGGAGAAGCUGGCGUCGACGCCGGCUCCUCACCUCUACUUCGACAUGAUCGGCGGCUCAGGCACAGGCGGUCUCAUCGCGCUGAUGCUCGGCCGCCUCCGCAUGCCGAUCGACGACGCCAUCGCCGCCUACGACAAUUUCGCCAAGCGCGUAUACGUCGACGGUCGCAAGCUGCUUGGAGCCGACACCAUGCAGCGUGGGCUGCUCAAGCCCUUUGCUCGUGAGAUGUUCAAGGCGGACGCCCUCGCCGCGGCUGUCAAGGACAUCGUCGGCAUGUCGCCUGGAGGUGGCACGAACGUGCGCAUGAUUGACAAUGAGGCGUGUAAAGUGUUCGUAUGUACUAGCCUGGCAGAGAAUAUGAACGCAGGCAAGCCCAUGCUUCUUCGCACCUACCCGGUUGCGAGGAACGCGAGUCCUAAUUGUAUGAUAUGGGAGGCUGCUCGUGCAACGACGGCUCACCCCGGGCAUUUCAAGCCCAUUACUGUUGCUGAUGGUGCUGUGCGCCAUGAACUUAUUGAUGCAGGCUUAGGGGUAAACAACCCCUGCCAUGUCCUGCUGCGUGAAGCAGCAUCUGUGUACCCGGGGCAUAGUCUCGCGGUUGUGAUUAGCAUUGGCACUGGUCACCUUCCGACCAUUGGCUUGCCUGCACCUAGUGUGUCACGGUCCAGCUUGUCUUCGGACCUGCUCGGUGUUUUGCGCGGCAUUGCUGUUGAUUGCGAGAAGGUCGCAGAGGAGCUGCAGGCUCAUUUUGUGAACUAUCCGGAGCUGUACUUCCGGUUCAAUGUUCUGCAUGGGAUGCAGGAUGUUUCAUGGGACGCAUGGGAUAGGCAGAAUGCAGUGGCUGCCCAUACCACCCACUAUUUGGAGAUGUCAGAUGUGGACUCAAGAUUGGAUAUGUGUGUCCAGGUGCUGCUUCGCAGAGAGGGCCAGGUUCAGGUGGCUGAUGUGGAUCGCCUCCCUGCACCAGUUGCACAGGGGAUAAUGGGGAUGUUGAAAGCUGUUCCACUGCCUUCUGCCAACUUCACUGGCAGGAAUGAUAUUCUUGCUCAGAUGCAUGAGUAUUUUAAGAGCAUAGUGCAGCAGCACAUAUUUGUGCUUCAUGGGCCUGGUGGGGCAGGCAAAACUCAGUUGGCACUGAAGUUCAUCUAUGAUUGGCAGCAUCAGAGUGAUACUGAGUAA